CCUAGCCAUCCUUCAUCAUCAUCACUCUCAAACCCUUUCACCAUGAAGAAGCUAUACAAGAAAAGCACCGUCCACCCAUCGCCGCCACCACCCAUCGCCGACCACCUCUCUCUUUUGCCGGCAGCCAUCUUCACCCUCACCAUCGCUCUCUCCCCACAAGACAAAGAAGUCUUAGCCUACCUCCUCUCCUCCUCCACCACCAAAAAAACCACCAAAUCCUCCUCCUCCGCCGCCGCCGACCACCCACCUCUCUUCAACUGCAGCUGCUUCCGGUGUUACAUGAGCUACUGGGUCCGGUGGGAUUCAUCGCCAAACCGCCAACUCAUCCACGAAAUCAUCGACGCUUUGGAAGAUGGUUUGGUUCGAAACAAGAAAGAGAAAAGCAAGAAAGAUAGAAAAAAGAAAGUCAUUAGUAGCAGUAGUAAUGAAGAAACCAGGUCAACUGAGUCAGACGAGUUAACUCAGUCACCGGAGGUGAGUCCGGCGAAUAUGGAAUCGGUGGUGGAGUAUAGAAGUGGUGGUGGUGGUGACGAUGAAGAAGAAGGGCCGGUGAGGAAGUUGGUAAGUUUUCUGGGAGAGAGGAUUUGGAGUGUUUGGACGUAGGGGUAUAAUUGUCAAAACAGAAUUCCAAAGAAGGUUUGGUUUGAGUUUAUUUCACUUUACUACUACUACUUUGAUGGAAUUACUCAUUGGUCCUUUUAAGUUUUUGUUUUGUAAAAUAUACCCUUUUUUACAUUGUAAAAAAUUGGUACCUUUUAUCUUUA